UUUGUAAGGAGACGAGAAUCGUCUGGUAGGGACCCUUAGUUUUUCUUCAACUUGAACCGACAAAACCCAGCACUAUUUACAAGUCACUCAAGACUUCAGUCUACCCGCCCAGAGCCUGCCUGUAUCCGGAUUACCCUUCGUGCUCCCAGAGUGCAAAACCUGGUGCCCCGUGGCAGAUCCCCAGCCCUGAGCGCCGCGCCUGCGGGCAAGCGUCCGGAAGGCUGGGCGCCAUGUGUUAACUCCUGGGAUGUUCUGCUCUUUUCCUUUCUCUCUGUUGCAGAGGCAGCCUGUCCCAUGAAAGAAUGUUUGGGAGGACAUUUGCAUUAAACAUGCUUGAGGUCUAAAACAAGCACCUUCCACUAUGAGAGAUGCUAACCAGCAGGUAUGAAACUUGAAGAUCCAAGAUGUGACGAGCAGCCAAUUCACACCCCCUCCUCUAUGGGCCACUGUUCUUGCCAUCAUGCCUUCUCAGGAUGGACUGAAACCUUCGAACCUAGUUGUAUCCCGGGUGAUGAGCCAGACUGUUAAAAAAGCAAAGCAGAAAGUCCUCCCCUAACUUUUCUGCCCGGAAACUGGAACCCUCGGCGCGGGUGUGACUCUCCUGUACAGGAGACAUCUCUGUUUCUCCUCCGCAGCCUAGCACCGGCUGGUCCCUGCACCUUGGAGAACAUUCCCUGCUCUGUGACCAAGGGUGAUUGAUUAACCCUCAGAGAAGCGCGAACGCGCCCCCGUGUGGCGCCGGGCCGCCUCAGCGCCGGGUCCGGAACUGAGCGGUUCCACGGAACCACAGCGGCGCGUUCCUGGUUUCCGGGGGGAAGCGGGAAGAGAAGGACCCGGGCGCAGAGGCUCUCCUGACUCCCCUGGAGGCCAUGGCUACUGCGGUCGGAAGGCUGCUGCUUUGGCGGCCCUGCCCGGGCGGCGGGACCCGCUGCAGAUUUAUAGCGACAUCGCCAGCUACUCAGCUGUCACCCACCGAACUGACAGAAAUGCGGAAUGAUCUUUUUAAUAAAGAGAAAAGUAGGCAGUUAUCGUUAACUCCCCGAACAGAAAAAAUCGAGGUUAAGCAUGUUGGGAAAACUGAUCCUGGCACUGUCUUCGUGAUGAAUAAAAACAUUUCAACUCCCUACAGUUGUGCCAUGCAUUUAAGUGAGUGGUACUGCAGGAAAUCCAUCUUGGCUCUUGUGGACGGACAACCAUGGGGCAUGUAUAAGCCUUUGACCAAGUCCUGUGAGAUUAAAUUUCUUACCUUCAAAGACCCUGACCCAUCAGAAGUGAAUAAGGCUUAUUGGCGUUCCUGUGCCAUGAUGAUGGGCUGUGUAGUAGAAAGGGCAUUCAAAGAUGAUUAUGUGGUCAGCUUGGUCAGAGCACCAGAAGUUCCUGUAAUUGCUGGGGCCUUCUGCUACGAUGUCAUUUUGGAUAAGAGAUUGGAUGAAUGGAUGCCAACGAAAGAGAACCUGCGUUCUUUCACAAAAGAUGCCCAUGUUCUAAUUUAUAGGGACCUUCCCUUCGAAACUCUGGAGGUUGAUGCAAAAGUGGCAUUAGAAAUAUUUCAACAUAACAAGUAUAAAGUGGAGUUCAUAGAAGAGAAGGCAUCUCAGAAUCCCGAGAGAAUAGUCAAGUUACACAGGAUUGGAGACUUCAUUGAUGUGAGUGAAGGCCCUCUUAUCCCAAGAACUAGUGUUUGUUUCCAGUUCGAAGUGUCAGCGGUCCACAACCUUCCGUCCCCGCAGCCGAACCUCAUACGAAGAUUUCAGGGCCUCUCUUUACCCACCCACUUGAGAGCACAUUUUACAAUAUGGGACAAGUUAUUGGAAAGAUCACGGAAAAAGGUAACUGAAGAUGCAAUCAGACAGACAGAGAGCACUGUAUCUACUCAGUAGCCUUCUAAAAUUUAAGAGUAACAGUGCGAGACAACGAUGCAGCUUAUAAUUCUUACUUGAAAGAACAGAAGACAUUGGGAACUACGGCUGACUGGAGCUGCCUCUCAAGGGCACAUAGGACAACUAGAGGGCAUUCCCAUGUACUCAGUUCCACCCCACUGCCGCCAGGGUCCAUGCUGCUUCCGGGUUCUGUCAGUUCUGCCAAACUAUAAUGACAAAAAGCCCACAAAUGCAAAUUGCUGAAAACUUGACCACAAAGAGACAAGAAGGGACUGAGCAGACAAAAAGCCAAGGAUGAUUCUGCUUCUUUUGUUUUCACUUAUUUUGACUUUGAGAUGAAGAUCUUGCAAUAGUGCCCAGGUUCAUCUAGAACUGUAUAGGUCAGGCUAAUCACCAACUUGUAAAGAUCCUUCUGCCUCUGCCACUACCUUCCGCAGGCUAGAUUUUUUUCAGGCAUGUACCACCAUGUCUGGGCCUGUACUUUUCACUUAUGUAUGUAUGCAUGUAUGUCUGUAUGGGCACACAUUCAUAUACGUGAAUGCAGGCAUGAACAUGCUGAGAUGCCAUAUGGUCAGAGGACAGACAACCUUGGGUGUUGGUCUUUCCAUGCACCUUGUUUGAGACUAUCAUUCUCUUUUACCCCCUGCCCAGCAACAUUCACCAGGCUAGCUAGUCCACAAGUUUCUGGGACUUCUCCUGUUUCUGUUUCUAGUCUUCCCAUAGGAGCGUUGUGAUUACAGACACUUGUUAUGCUCCCAAGUUUUAUAUAGGUUCUUCAUGCUUGAACCCAGGUCUUCAUGCUUGGACAGAAAACACUGAGUCACCUUCCCAGCUACCUGUAUUUCUUAAUACAGAGUCUCUUUUUAUUUAUUUAUUUAUUUAUUUAUUUAUUUAUUUAUUUAUUUAUUUAUCUAUUUAUUUAUCUAUUUAUUUAUUCAUUUAUUUAUUUAUUUAGGUGUAGCAUGAAUCUUAAAAGGUUCUUAUUAGUAAAAACAAACCCGGGAACCAGGUAUUGGGGUGAAUGGCUGGAAGAUCAGAGAAGCAGAACAAACUACAGUCACCUCACCUUGCCAAUUCCUCAGCUGAUCCUAUUUCCUCAGACUGGAAGCCUCUGAGUUCUUAUCCAAAUGGAUCUCAGCUGAACUGUGCUGCUCAAAAGCCUAAAAGCUUAACCAACUCUAGUUCCUGGUUUUCACGCCUUAUAUACCUUUCUGCUUUCUGCCAUCACUUCCUGAGAUUAAAGGCAUGAGUCACCAUGCCUGCCUGGCUGUUUCCAGUGUGGCCUUGAACUCACAGAGAUCUGGAUGGAUCUCUGUCUCCCAAGUGAUAGGAUUAAAGGCAUGUGUGCCACCAUUUUCUGGCCUCUAUGUCUAUCUAGUGACUGUUCUGUUCUCUGAUCCCAGAUAAGUUUAUUAGGGUGCACAAUAUUUGGGGAACACAAUAUCACCACAUUUUGGUUUUUUUUGAGACAAGGUUUCUCUGUGUGAUUUUGGUGCCUGUCCUGGAUCUUGCUCUGUAGACAAGGCUGGCCUUGAACUCACAGAGAUCUGCCUGGCUCUGCCUCCCGAGUGCUGGGAUUAAAGGCGUAUGCCACCGCCACCUAGCAGAGUCUCUUUUUAUAAAUUAAAAAAAACCCUUUGUUUAAUCUUUCUGGGUGUUGCUUUUAGAUCAAAGAUAUGGGAAGCCCUUAUACUCAUAAAUAAAUAAACUCACAAUAUACAUUUAAAAAGAUUCAAGUCUACAUUUUGAUAAAAUAUGUAAUGAAGGUCAAGUAUAUAUAUAUAUAUAUAUAUAUAUAUAUAUGUUUAUAUAUAAAAUCAUAGAUACAUUUUAAAAAGAGAAUUUGCCUUAAACAAUGUAAAAUCUACACAUGAGAAGGUAAUUAGCUGUAUUUUAAAAUUUAAAACAAAAUGAAAAGCAGAGAACAGACGGAACUAUGGCAUGUAGGGAGUGAGGCCUGAAGGAAGGAUACUUCUGUAGUGUUGUGCAUUGAAGUCCUCUGAAUGGAAAGCUUCCUUACUGUAGAAGCCCAUCAGGACUCAGGAAAUAAACAAAACUGUCAAGGCUAAAGCAGGGAAAACUCAUAAGUCUCAGGAAGUUUUUGAAACUUAUAAAACUCACAAGGUGUCUCUCCAAGUUAAGAGAGGGGAGACUACUGCCAAUGAACUGCCUGUGAGUUCAAGGAUUCAGCUUUUAUGAACUGUCACCCACGGUGGGGUGAGCUUUUUGGUGAUGCAACUUCCUUUGAGUUCUUGGUGUUCCUGUGAGCAAUCCCUCACCAACUCCUGUAAGUAACCUCAAUAAGCUCAUGAGUCACUAAGCUAGACUAAGGUGGGAUGCUUCUUUGGUUUGUUAUCAGUGCCCUAUCUAGGGUAAAUGGAUGUUUGUUCACACCUGCCAGGAAAAUUCAUACAACAUGUAAGUUAAAAUAACUUGAAUAUAUGAAAUCAAUUUCUGUGGAUUAUGAUGGGGGGUUGAUUUUCCUUAUCAAAGGAGAUAAUAUUAGCACAGACCAGAAAGAAGGAUAUAGUAUUUUUUAAAAGCAGUAUUGACAAAAACAAAUCUUUGGGAGUACCAAGGAGAGAUGGAAUUUCAAUUUGGGAUGAGUAGAGAGUUCACAACAAUAUCAACAUAUAUAUUCCUGAGGUAAAGAAAAAGUGCUAAAGAGUUUGAUGGGGAAAACAAUAAUCUAGGAUGUUGCUUGAGACUCUUGGAUAAUGUGUGUAGUCAUUAAUUUAUUAAAAAUAUUUAUUAACUUCAACUUCCUAAUUUUUAUCGGGCAAUGUGCUUGGCUUACUAAGAGUAUUGUGUGGUUUAAGAUUGAACAAUAGAUAAGGAGUUUGAGUAGAUAGGAUUGGAGAAAGUUGGUUCAGGUUUUCUGAUCUGUGUUUAGAUUUCAGUUUUAGAAAAUCUUGCUUAAUGUUUGUUAAUACUUUUGGAUUUUAUUUAAAGCAUGAAAAGAUGUUAAAGCAGGAGUAGAGAGUAGAACUGCUGACAAUAUAACUUAUUAGCUUGUUUACUUGUUCAUUUUAAAAAUAGCUUCCUUGUCCAUUACUAUUCCUCUCCUGCCACCCUUAUUUAUCACCAAGAGAAAGACACAUGACAGAGGGUGUGGGGCAAGGUCAUUUGUUUAGGCUUGGGUGAUGAGAUAAUAGCAAUAAGGAAAACAUUAAUCCUGAGUACAGAGUUUUCUUCUAAUUUUGCUUUGUUUUGUUAUUUUUUGUUUUUUGCAGUACUUGUGCCAACUAAGGCAAGCACUCUGUUACUAAAUUACACCCUUAGCUUCUUACUCUUGAUGCUUUAGAUUCUUGUUUCUAAUUUUAAUCAUUUUUCUUUUUGUUUAGAAGUGAUAUGUCCAAUGUUAGACUUCAUUCCAUUAUAGAAAAAAUCAUAGGUACUCAGAAAGCCAAACAGAAAAUAGUCUGGGAUCCAGAGCAAAGGGAUAGAGAAGCAGGGUGUGCCAUAUAUCCUCACUACACAGGAUUCAUGGGUGGUACAGAUAAGAUGUUACAAUGACAUUAACCAACAUUUGGAGGUCAGAGUCCUAGUCAUUUAUAUAAAGUGUAUAGCUGCUCCUGUGUUUCUCAUUUAACACAGAUUUCUCACUGAUGACCUGGAUAUUGGAGGAAUAGAUGCUUAAAUUGUAAGGAUUCAAUAUUUUUUCUGUUGGUUAAUCAAAUGUGGGUUACCAUUCCCUUAGUCUGUAGAUUUAAGAAUUCUAGAGCACUAAACAUUAUUGUGUGUCAUGUCCUAGCACUUAUGUGAUGGAAAAUACCUAUCUUCCAUAUCCAGCAACCUGAACAUAGUAUUUUAUUGUACUUUUGUCUCUUUUUAAUUAAAAUGUAACAUACAUGGAGUAAAUCAUGUGAUAAUAUUUUAGUGUUGGGCUUAUUGAAGCUUUAAAUGAUCUAGAAGAGAAUACCUCACAUUUUAAGCAGUCUUUACACUUACUUCAUGUCUUUUCUCAGACAGUAACCCUCUUUGCUCAGUAUCAUUGAUUAUUUUGACUUCUACAACUCUAUAACAGUUAUAUCUGCCUCUGAAGUGUGUAUAUAUGGAUUUGUCUUGAAUGUACACAUUGUGUUGACUUAAUUCAAUAUAAUGACAUUGAGAUUCAUA